AGACAGGCUAUAUAAGUCCGCUGCCACGAUGUUGCCAAGCUUUAGCAGCAGGGGUCACCACCUCUCUACUUCUUCCUUCAGGCAAAAGCUCUUCUAGAUCUAGCUGCGGCAGCCGGACAUGGUCGCCCCCCGUGUUCUGCUCGGGGUUGCGUUCUGCGCUUUUAUGUGGGCGCCGCCACAGACUGCAGCCGCUGGUGCGCCGAACGGGACAACCUCGGGAACACCGUCAACUGUGUCUCCGGGAGGUGGAGGCGAACUGGCCAACCGUAGUGAUUCUUCUAACGCCACCAAAGCAUCGGCUACGCAGACAAUCCAAUCUGACGAAUCGGGCAAGGCAGGCCGCUCUGCCUACGAAAGAGCUGCCUUUCGCGGCGGCGACACAGGAGGGAACCACGAUUCGUGGGACAACGGGUGGCACGGGGGAAGUGAAGACGACUACAGGGACAAAAAGUGGCACGGAGGGUACGACGACGAUCCUAGGGACAAAAAGUGGCACGAUGGGGACGAUGAUGAUUACAGGGACAAAAAGUGGCACGAUGGGGACGAUGAUGAUCACUGGGACAAAAAGUGGCACGAUGGGGACGAUGAUGAUUACAGGGACAAAAAGUGGCACGAUGGGGACGAUGAUGAUUACAGGGACAAAAAGUGGCACGAUGGGGACGAUGAUGAUCACUGGGACAAAAAGUGGCACGAUGGGGACGAUGAUGAUUACAGGGACAAAAAGUGGCAUGAUGGGGACGAUGAUGAUUACAGGGACAAAAAGUGGCACGAUGGGGACGAUGAUGAUUACAGGGACAAAAAGUGGCAUGAUGGGGACGAUGACGACUACAGGCACAAAAAGUGGCAAGGUGCAAGAGAAGACAACUACCGGGACAAAAGAUGGCCUGGAGCAAGUGGUGUCCUCAAAGGGUAGCAAGGGGUAGUAAUGGUCAGAGAGGCGAACGGUGGCGAGGCAGCGAGAAAGAAUUGAAAAUGGUGACGUCCAAAAAUAAGGAGGAAAAAAAGACGGCGACUAAGGCAAUGGAACACCUCGUGGGCUAAACAGACCCAUAGAAAAAAAAAAUCUUGUUUGACAAAUGCAGUACAUAUCCAAUAAUCUCACAAGAUUAUUGGCUCUCAUAUUAAUAUAUGAUAUGAAGUAGGUGUCGCAGGAUUUUUUUUUUUGAUAGAGUGCGCCAAGCCUUGAUGCGCAACUGAAGUAAGUACUACGGCAAUGGAGAAGAAACUGAACGAAACCCAUCUCGCUUGCAAUAGCUCAUUUUGCGACGUAUACCAGUAUACGCAUCCUUUAAAUACGCGAUCGUGUACACUGCUAAUGACAGCUGCAUAUCGGAACAGUUCUUUUACAGUAUUCCAUAAUGAUGACUUUCCAAUAAAACUGCCGCUGUAAUCAGUUUUCAAAAAGAAGUAAUAAAUGGGUAUCAGCUGGUCUCGCUUGCGCAUGCCUUGUGCAGCCUGCAACUUGUAUCUGCGACCGAAUGGAGUGCCGUCUCUCGUACGUAUGCUGUCGAUGUCACUAAUUCAUAUUUACCCCACGUCUACUGUUUUAUCAUCAUACCCUCAAAUCUCGAUACAACAAAUCCGCACAUAACGAAGUAUUCAUUACAACGAAGUAAUCGAAAAAUAGUCUUGCAAUAGGUGUAAAGUUAGAAACAGAACAUUAUAACAAACUUUCGAAUAUAACGAAUUUAUUUUCAUGUAGGAAGCAGCUUUGUUCUAAUGAGGUUUUAGUGCAUUCCCAACUGGCGUGGCCGAGCCACGGUCUUUCACGCGACGCAGAAAAUGGGCUACUUUAUGAAAGUCAUUUAUUUUAUU